AACAUUCCUCUAUACGUAUAAUCAAAUUGGAGUGUCUCUUUGUAAUAUCAAAAGAAAAGUUCCAGAUUUCGGGAAGAUGAUGAAUUUGCGUUGCUGAUAACGAAAAUCGCAAUUUAAAAAUCUUUGUCUGUCAGUGUCAAGCCGCGUUUGUUCCGGUUAAUCUUCGAAACGGCUAGGUCGAUUUCGUCCGGACUUUCACUGGAAGGUAGCUGACAUGGACGGGCAUAUUAUAGGCUGCUUUUUUAAUUCCGCUCUGUCAAAAUGGCUACCGGACCGCUAUCUGGAACGGGGGGACCGAUUUGGACGGGACUUUGACUGAAAGAUGCACGCGUGAAUGUGAUAGAUGACUUUUUUUUUAAAUUGGGGCUAACGAAGUUUGCGUUCGACAGCUCUUUUUGUUAUAUGUAUAGAUAGCUAGAUAUAAAUAAAUAAAAAAAUAUGUUGGAAAGUCUUAUACAGUUAAAUGUUUAGUUUCCGUGUGUCGGUGCAGGGCUGACGGACAUAGCGACGGCGCUGCGGCGGUCGGUGAGCGUGCGGCGCGUGGAGUUCCCCGGCUGCGACGCGGCGGCGGGCGGCCGCGGCGCCAGCGAGCGCGUCGCCACGCUCUGGCGUGAUCUACACGAGCGUUUGUCGAGCAACAGCACGUCUGGCGUGUGCGAGCGGCUGCGCGCGCUGGCGCUGGAGCGCGCGUGGGCGGGCGGCGCGGCGGCGGCGCUGGCGGCGCAGGCGGCGGCCGCGCUGCCCCCCGCGCCGCUGCCCGCCGCGCUGCAGCGCGCCGCCGCCGCCGCGCACCUCCUGCUGCACCAGUACCUGCAGCGCUGCAGCGAGGUGUUCGCGGCGAUGGGCGGGGCGGGGCAGGGAGCGGGGGCGGCGGGCGCGGGCGAGCUGGUGACGCUGCAGGCGGUGCGUGACGCGAUGGCACCCUGCAACACCACGCUGCAGGAAUUACUCAAUGAGGCGGUAGAGAGUCUCGCGCUGUCGGCGUGCGAGAGCGUGGACAACGCGGACUCGGAGCCCGCGCCCAGCGCAGAGCCCGACAUGCCGGACCUGCUCACACCCAUCUCACAUUCGGGCGCGACGCCGCUGGGGCUGCGGCGGCGCGAGCGCGUGCGGCGCGUGCGGCCCAAGUCGGUGGCGGAGCAGCAGUGCAGCAGCAACGAGAUGCUGUCGCUGCCGCCGCUGCACGCGGAGGCCGCGGACGCGCUCGCAGACCUGCCCGCGCACACGCUCAGGCAUCUCGUUAAAGGUCGUCCACGCAGAGCGAAAACCCGCGCCCCCUCUCGACCUAUCACCGAUCAAUCACAAGACAUCGAUGAAGGUCUGGAGGAGUUCUGGCGCACGUGCCGCACGCCGCCGGGCAGCGAGGAGGCGUCGCUGUCGGCGCGCACGCCGCUCACCUCGCGCUCGCUGCACUCGCUCUCCUCGCUCGCCUCGCCCUCGCCCUCGCGCGCCUCGCCCUCGCCCUCGCCCUCGCCCGCCUCGCCCUCGCACUCGCGCGCGCGCCACUCGCCCACGCUGCAGCGCGACGACACCAUGUAUAGCGUGACGUCAGGAGAGAGCACACCAGUAUUAUUGGAAUGUGAAGUAUCACGCUGCAAAUCGUCAGACAACGUGGGCACGCGCGCGCCCACCACACCGCCGCCAUCUCGCUCCUCCGACAACGUUAACACCAUGGGCAACGGGUGCGUGCGCGGUGCGGGCAAGGCGCGGCCGUGGUCCGUGGCCGGCGUGAACGCGGAGCCCGCCGCCGCCUGCACCACAGGCUCAAUGUUACGAGAUCAUCCAUUGACACCAGAAGGCGCGGAGUCGUAGACGUCAGCCAGUCGGAUAUAUCCAAGUGAUAAGAUGAGCAGGGUUUUAUGUCCAAGUGUAAACGAUUAUGUGGAUUGUAUUCACCGAAGCUCACAAUUGUGCCAGUUAGAAUUGUAGACGAUUUAGACUAGUUGGCUCACACAGCUGAAUACUUUGACCAGGGCUGACUCUGACAAGUGUCUAGCCAUCGGUAAUAAGAGUGGCAACCCUAAGCCAGAUUCAUUUUAAGUCGUCCCCGCAUGAAAUAUCUUUUAUUCCCCUAAUGAGGAAUAAUAAGAAUUUAAAGAUCUCGCUCUUACUUGAUAGAAGGCAACAGAUUUAUUAAACGAAGUCAGGUAUUAGAUUCUCGAAAGUUCUAUUGGAAAAUAGUUUUUUGACAAUCCAAGUCUUCAAUGUUACAAUGUUUUAUUCGUAAUAUAUGAUCUAUCAAUUAUCUUGGAUAGCAAUAAAGAUGUAUUCGGUUUUUACAUUUUUAAUAUUGAAGCUAUUGCGUCGAUAAACAGUAAAUGGUACUAAUUUUAAAUUAAUUAAUGGUUUUUAUAUGAGUCAUAAUAAAGUCAUAAAUUUAAUAGUUUGUAAGUUUGAAACAUUUAUAUAAUCAUUUCAUGUUUACUGUGAUUCAUUUAGUAUUAGAUGCAUUUUUUAUUUAGUGACCGUGGUUUUGUAACGAAAUCAUUAUUUAUAUAAUUUAAUUGCUUGUUUUUAUGUACA